UUACAGGAUGAUGUGAGGCAGAAAGUGCACCUGAAUACCUUUGGCUUCUUCAAGGGUGGUUUCAUGAAAGUCCAUGUCAGCAACCUUUCAUUGAAGCCACCUGUGGGCUCUGAUGACAAGAAUAGCUUAUCAGUGGGGUUCAGUUUGGAUCGAACAAGGAAUGAUGGGUUCUCCACUUACCUGGAUGAAGAAGUGGAUUACUGUAUCUUGAAAAAGACACCAGAGCAAGAUGUCUCUGUUGUAAUCUUACUUCUGGAAUUCAAAACUGAAGUUGUGAAAGUACGGUUCUCUGCAGAAGCUGCUUCUUUGUUACCUAAAAUUUCAUUCACGUCUGAGGAAAAUGUUACUGCCUUAACUACCAAGCUGCUAAAAACUUCUGAACAGAGCAAUGAUUCUGGUAAAAAUCCUGCAAAGACCAACCAAAAUACAGACAGCAAAGAUAACAAGUCUAAACGAAGUACAACAUCCUCCCAGGUAAGAAACUAACAAGAACAUCCUGUUCACAAUGAUAGAGGAACUUUUUCAUUUCAGUUUUUUUUUAACAUCAGCUCUGAUAACCAAGAAGGUCUUUACAGCCUAUAUUUCCAUAAAUGUGUUGACAAGGAGGAGAUGAAUAAUGAUCAGCUAUUUAGUCUCGAUAUAGAAAUUACGGAAAAGAAUCCUGAAAGCUACCUCUCAGCGGGUGAGAUCCCGCUGCCAAAACUUUACAUUUCCAUGGCUAUCUUCUUCUUCCUGUCUGGGACUGUAUGGAUCCACAUACUUCGUAAACGCAGAAAUGAUGUCUUUAAGAUUCACUGGCUAAUGGCAGCCCUCCCUUUCACAAAAUCUCUGUCCUUAGUCUUCCAUGCGAUCGACUAUCACUACAUUUCUUCUCAGGGAUUUCCUAUUGAAGGCUGGGCUGUUGUUUAUUACAUCACUCACCUACUGAAGGGUGCUCUUCUGUUCAUCACUAUUGCCCUUAUUGGCACAGGCUGGGCUUUCAUUAAACACAUCCUGUCAGAUAAAGACAAAAAAAUUUUCAUGAUUGUCAUCCCACUUCAGGUACUGGCAAAUGUGGCAUACAUUAUUAUAGAGUCAACAGAAGAGGGGACAACUGAAUAUGGACUAUGGAAAGAAAUCCUCUUCCUGGUAGACUUGCUGUGUUGUGGAGCUAUCCUAUUUCCAGUGGUAUGGUCAAUAAGACAUUUACAGGAGGCUUCAGCAACAGAUGGGAAAGCUGCCAUUAACCUAGCAAAGCUGAAGCUUUUCAGACAUUACUAUGUUAUGAUUGUGUGUUACAUCUACUUCACACGGAUCAUUGCAAUUCUCAUAAAGAUUGCUGUUCCGUUCCAGUGGAAAUGGCUGUACCAGCUGCUGGAUGAAAUGGCCACGCUUGUGUUCUUUGUCCUCACUGGGUACAAGUUCCGUCCAGCAUCAGACAACCCGUAUCUACAGCUUUCUCAAGAUGAUGAGGAUGACUUGGAGAUGGAAGCUGUGGUGACAACUUCUGGAGUAAUGGAGGGCAUGAAGAAGGUCAAGAAGGUGGUGAAUGGUUCAGAAGAGCCACGGGGCGAGUGGGAAAGCAUGGCAUGAUGGACUGGACUAAGGCAGCACUUUUGGAGAAACUUUUUUAAUUUAUUAUUAUUACUCUCAGUGGAAAGGGAGCAACUAGCACUUCCCAACACUGAAACUGCAGAGUGGGGUGUGUCUAGGGGGAGCAAAGCAGUGCAGAAAUACAACUAUUCCUCUGAUCAUAAGAAAAUGGGAUCUCUUGGUACCUGCAAGGAGUGUGAAGCUUUCCUAGGGAUUUUGGGUAGCUUAUUCUUUUUUUCCCCUUUCUGGAUUGGUUAGGUAUUCUGAGUUGCUUGCAGUUGCAUUCUUCAGAAUGUGUAAUGCUAAUGUGAAGAGAGACCUUUAGUGUGUAUGUAAACUAUAUAUUUUAUAUAAUACGCAUAUAUUUAUACACACACUUGCUAUGUAACAUGUAUGCUGGGAAUUGCAAAGCGUGUCAGAAGGUGGGAAAAGAAGAUAAGAGAUGUAAGUAUUCUUUUUUCUUUUUAUAAACUCUCCUUUUGCCUUGGACAAAUUGUUGCAAAACAAAUGAAUAGAAACAACUGCAGUUAUUUGAGAGACUAAAUAGGGUAUUGGGUCAGAUGGCUUCUGCCACUACUCACAUCAGUGGGAAAGUUGAUAAGUAUCUUCUUGUCUUACCCAUGCAGGUAUCCACUUGAAUGUGUCGGGUUUUCAAAUGUAUUGCUAUAUAGGAAGCAAGUGACUGUUCUCCACUAAAAGCACUAGCC